AGGUCUUUCCAUUUUUGAAAUUAUAACUUUUUCAUUUUCCUUUAAUUUAAUCAUCAAAAGUCCCAAAGCUUUCUAUUUUUAGCCUCGUCUGGCCGGAAGACGGAUCUCUGAACUGAAAGCCUCUCAUUCAACAUUCUCUCUCUGUCUCUCCGACGGCCUGAGAAGGGGAGGAGAAGAAGAACAAAAACGCAAAAUUGGAAAUCUUUGUGGAGCCUUUUAUAGAAAUUCGAAAACAAUUGGGGGGUAGAAAUGGGGUUGGAGAGCACCUCUCGACGCGGCGGCGGGAUUGAAAACAGCAGCAAGGGCUACGAGACCCAGGUGGUGUUGAAUGUUUACGACCUCACCCCCCUCAAUAAUUACACGGUCUGGUUCGGUCUCGGAAUCUUUCACUCCGGAAUUGAAGUCCAUGGCAAAGAGUACGGUUUUGGAGCCCAUGACUUCCCAGUUAGUGGAGUUUUUGAAGUGGAACCAAGGAGCUGCCCAGGUUUUAUUUAUCGAUGUUCCAUUCAACUUGGCCGUAUAAAUAUGCCUCCCUCUGAAUUUAGGACAUUUAUUGAGCAUGUUGCGGCAGAGUAUCAUGGGGAUACCUAUCACCUCAUCUCCAAGAAUUGUAACCAUUUCACAGAUGACAUGGCACGUAGGUUGACAGAAAAACAGGUUCCUGGAUGGGUGAAUCGACUUGCUCGCCUAGGUGCCUUGUGCAGUUGUCUUCUUCCCGAAAGUCUUCAAGUGACCACUGUUAAACAGAUACCUGAAUACCAUCAUGAGUCAGAUUCUCUAGAAGAAGAUGGUACUGAAACCCUAUCAAUCACAACGCCUCGUGAGUCAGCGGAAGUUGAUGAUGAUCAAGAAAAGCGCCUGCUGUCCCCACUGGCUUCACUUUCACCGGUGGCGGGAAGUGGAGAUGUAACUUUCGUUAAAGAGGCUCAAAAGUGAAACAAACCCUCAACUUGUGGAAAUAGAAGAAGGAAUCGCCCUUCGGAAAAAGGGCGGUUAGGCCGGUUAUGCUUGUGCCUGUCUUUGUUACGGAUGGCUUACUUGGAAGGAAAUUACAUGCUCCUGUUUUCCGAAAGAAAGCCCGAAUUGGUACUCAUUGUCUGUGUGCACAAGCGUUAAACCGACGCGUGUUUUUAUACUAUUUUUUGGCUUUUUCAUUUCAUUUUUUCAACUGAGGAAUCCGAAAUUAGCUCAUAGUUUGGUGUAAUUUGUGAUUUGUGCAUGAGGGCUUUGUAAGGGAGCUCUUUUUGCAAUUGGAAACGAAUUCGACUGUGUUUCAGUCGUUGAUUCUAUUUAUUUUUCUAAUUUUUUCAAAUGUUUUAAUGGUGCUGUAAAUUGUUUCA